UGCAGGGGACGCAUCCCAGUUGGAGAACUGAGUGUCAUCCAGCGGAGCCAAGGUCUGGUUCACUGUCACAGCUCCGCGAUGUCCUCCCAGCAGAGCGCGGUUUCCGCCAAAGGCUUUUCCAAGGGGUCUUCCCAGGGCCCCGCCCCAUGCCCCGCCCCCACACCCUCCGUGACCCCCGCCGCCUCGUCCUCCUGCUGCGGUGGCUGCGGUGACACCGGCUGCUGCGGUGGCUGUGGAGACUGCGGAGACUGCGGGUGCUGCGGCUCCACCUCAACCGGCUGCUGCUGCUUUCCCAGGAUGCGCCGCAGGCAGCGGAGGAGCGGGUGUGGGUGCUGCGGAGGUGGCAGCCGCAGGUCGCAGUGCUCCGGUAACACCCAAAGCCCUGGCUGCUGCGGCAGCUGCUGAGGCCACUCCCUGAAGAGCUCUGAUAGAGCCACCAGCCACCCAGGGAGUGUGCUGCUCCCACCCGUCCGCCUCCCAUCACUACGCUCCUGUUCCAGUCCGUGCCUCUGAGUUUGCACACCCUCUCUCAUCAAGCUAACUGCACUUAGAUGUCCAGAAAUCCACCCCGUUCUCAGCCCCACAAAACUCCCGGACCCCAUGUGAUUUUCCUCCCUAGGAACCUGAGAGCCAUGGUGGACUCUACGGUCUGCAUGGAGGCUGCACUCUACUGUUUGUCUAGGCUUGCACACAGUAGGUGCUCAAUAACUGCCUAUUGAUUUGAUUGUCUUAAAGACGUCAUAAUAAAAUUACCUCCUGAGAACACAA